AAACAUUUCAUUGAAAAACUUAUUCAACAACUUUCAUCGUCUCUACAAUUCUUAGAUUCCAAAUUCUCUAUCUCUGCGUUCCCAAAACCUUCAGAAAAUGGAGAACACCGCUUUCACAAUUCCAAACUUUUCUGACGAAGAAGAUGAAGAAGUCCCUGAUUCCUUUUCUUGCUGCGUUUGUUUGGAUCUAUUAUACAAGCCCAUUGUACUAUCUUGUGGUCACAUAUGUUGUUUCUGGUGUGUCUAUAAAUCAAUGAAUUGUCUGCGCGAGUCUCAGUGUCCAACAUGUAGGCAUCAAUACUAUCACUUCCCAACAGUCUGUCAAGCGCUUCAUUUUUUGCUUCUUAAGAUGUAUCCCGUUGCUUACAAUAGAAGGAUCAAUCAAACUCUUGAGGAAGAGAAGAAAUCAGGCUUCUAUUCCCCUCAAUUUGAUCCCGACACAUGUGAAUCACAAGCUAAAUUUGGUCAUUCAUGUAGCCCUUCUUCCUCCUCAAAGAUGAAUCUGGUGCCCAACUCAUGCAAUGUGGAAACUUUUGAAUGUACAAAGCAACCAGAGUUCACUGCCCAUAAAGCAGAGCCUGAAACUACUGGGACUCCGGCUGAAGAAAAAACAUUGCCUCAUGAUAAGCUUGACAUAAAACAAAAAAUAUCAGUUGCUGAUGUGAUGUGUACAAUGUGCAAGCAGCUUCUUUUUCGUCCUGUAGUUCUUAAUUGUGGUCACGUAUACUGUGAAACUUGUGUCUACAAGUUAGCUGAUGAGAUGCUUAGAUGCGAAGUUUGUCAAAGUCCACACCCAAGAGGAUUUCCGAAAGUGUGUUUGGAGUUUAAUCACUUUUUGGAGGAACAAUUUGCUGAAGAAUAUGCACGGCGAAGCGAUGCUAUUGAACUAAAGGAAAUCAAAGUCAAACCCGAGACCCCUUCUUGUUCAUUGGAUAACGGUAACAAAGGAGAAAGUACAGAAUGGUGGUCUGAUCCUGACUUGAAAGUUCACAUUGGAGUUGGUUGUGACUUUUGUGGGAUGUUUCCUAUCAUUGGAGAUAGAUAUAGAUGCACCGAUUGCAAGGAGAAAAUGGGUUUCGAUCUUUGUAAAGAUUGCUACGACACACGCUCCAAACUUCCAGGCCGAUUUAAUCAACAACACACCUCAGAUCAUAGUUUCAAGCUUGUACAACCCAACUAUAUUCGUAACAUAAUGUUGAGGCUGGUCACCGGACAGUUAGGCGACAGGUCUAUCGACACCGAGUCUUUAAGUAACAUAGAUUUUACAGCCGAAGCCUCUGGGUUGUUUGAUGACGGUGAAGAUAACCAGAAUGACCCCGAAGCUACCGAUUGAAAAUUUGAACCCAAAAAUAAUCAUGAUAUAUAUUGUUGGUGAUAUUGCAUAGCUUCUUGCUGAUGUAAGAGAUGCAAAUAAUGCAAUACUUGGAGCAUGUUUUCCAAUCAAUUCCUAACUGAAUCUUUCUACAUAUUGUGGAAAUCAGUGACAGGUUAUUUUAGGCCUUCAUGGCAAGAUUCUUGAAUAUAUUCGGGAAUGUACAUAUUUUUAGGAGUUUGCAUGAGAUGUAUGAAAAUCUGUAUUUUGUUUUAUAUAACAGUAAUCUGUAUAGCAUUACUAAAUUUUAGUCUAGAAAUCGAAAUGUGCGUAAAUGAAAUUUGAAUA